AUGGACAACAAUCAAAAUGUUCGAAAACGUGGCCGCGGUCAUUUCUAUUUCAAAACUGAGAAAAAUGAAACAACAACAACAAAUAAAGCUGGUCCUUUGACCAUGGAAUCCACGGAUUCAAAAAGCUUAAAUAAAAAUGCUGGUCUGUUGACCAUGGAAUCCACGGAUUCAAAAACUCUAAAUAAAACUGCUGGUCUUAUGACCAUGGAACCUACGGGUUCACAAAAACCAAAAUCAACCACACAUACAAGUGUGGAAGAAGAAGAGGCUUUCCAAAAGAUCAUGGAAGAAGCUAAUGAAGAAGAAAGAUCUCGACGAAUUGAAAUACUCAAGGUUUUAUUUAGUCGUCCAGGGACGGACGAUUCGGUGGUUGGAGGUGAUAUUCUGAGAGAUUUAAAGCGUGUAAAAAUAAAAAUUAGUAAAAACAUUCUCAAUUACCUUUAG